AUGUUCGCACUACAACUAACGCGACAUUGUAAGCAACAACUCCUUAUUGAAAACGCAGUGCGCUUGAUUAGUAAUGAAAAAAUCUGGAAGAAACCUGAACUCGUUCGAGCUAGAAGCUGGGUGGAAACACUUGAUGUAGUGGACUUACCCUUGAAACAAUUCCUUUUGCGUUACGAUCGCGCUAGCGGUCCAGGAGGCCAACAUGUUAAUAAGGUGAAUACUAAAUGUACUCUAACACUUCCUGGGCUAUCAAAUUGUGCUUGGAUCCCCCAAGAAGUGAGAACCAUCUUAUGUAGCGGUAAAUUCCGGUACUACGCUAAAAGUAGCGAUUCGGUAGUAAUACAAUCUGAUGAAACUAGAUCAAAGGAAGUUAAUAAACUGAAGUGCUUUGAGAAGUUGAUUCAAGCAAUCAAGCAAACCUGUCAAUUUCCUAGUGAUACCACUACCGAGACGGCAAAAAAAUGGGCUAAGAUUCGAGUGAAAUCUAAUAAAGAGCGACUUCUUAAUAAGAAAGUUCAUGGGGAUAAAAAGAAGAAUAGAAGUAAAAUUACAUUUAGUUACUAA